AAGCAUCACUCAGCUGAUGGGAGGGGUGCUGCUUGCAGACAGGAGGAGACAGGAUCCAUGGCAACAAACAUGGCAGAGGCAGAGACCCGUCAGCGGCUGCUGCGCACCGUCAAGAAGGAGGUGAAGCAGAUUAUGGAGGAAGCCGUCACCAGGAAAUUUGUUCAUGAAGACAGCAGCCAUAUUGUGUCCUUUUGUGCUGCAGUGGAGGCAUGUGUUCUGCAUGGGCUGAAACGGCGAGCAGCCGGCUUUUUGCGUAGCAACAAGAUAGCUGCACUCUUCAUGAAAGUGGGGAAGAGCUUCGUCCCAGCUGAGGAGCUGUGUAGGAAGGCCCAGGAGCUUGAGCAGAUCAUCGAGACAAAACGAAGUCAAAGCUUGCAAAGUCAAGACAGCCUUCGCAAGAUGCCCCGACUGCCCAGCCUCACCCAACAGGGAGUCAGGAACCUGUGGAUCCGGACGGCUCUAUUUGACAAGGUGCUGGACAAGAUUGUCCUCUACCUGGUGGAGAACAGCAGUAAAUACUACGAGAAAGAGGCUGUUCUAAUGGACCCUGUGGAUGGACCUAUCCUUGCUUCUUUGUUAGUUGGACCUUGUGCUUUGGAGUACACUAAGAUGAAGACAGCAGACCACUUCUGGACAGACCCGUCUGCUGAUGAGUUGGUGCAAAGACAUCGCAUCCAUGGGGGCCACUGCAGACAGGAUUCUCCCACUAAGAGGCCUGCACUGUGUAUCCAGAAGCGGCACUCCAGCAGCAGCAUGGAUGAACGCCCUUCCCCCUCGCCAUCAGCUCGUGAAUAUGUGGAGUCGCUGCAUCAAAACAGCAGGGUGACCCUACUGUUUGGCAAAAACAAUGUGCUUGUACAACCGAGGGACGACAUGGAGGCUAUCCCAGGUUACCUGUCUCUGCACCAGAAUGCUGAUCUCAUGACCCUGAAAUGGACACCGAACCAGCUCAUGAAUGGCUCUGUUGGAGACUUGGACUACGAACGCAGUGUAUACUGGGACUAUGCCAUGACGAUCCCUCUAGGGGAAAUAGUUUACUUGCACUGUCAUCAACAAGUUGACAGUGGGGGGACAGUGGUGCUGGUCAGUCAGGAUGGGAUCCAAAGACCUCCACUUCGCUUCCCCAGAGGAGGCCACUUGCUCCAGUUCCUCUCCUGCCUGGAGAACGGCCUGCUUCCCCACGGUCUGCUGGACCCUCCACUCUGGUCCCAGAGGGGAAAGGGGAAGGUGUUUCCCAAGCUGCGGAACAGGGUUCCUCAGGGAUCUGGAUCCUCAGACUCGGUCUCGGAUAAGGAGGAGGACGAGGCCACAGACUAUGUCUUCCGCAUCCUCUUUCCAAACAGCCAGUCAGAGUUUGUGACUAUAACCCAUCCUCCCCAUCUGACUUCCUCCCUAUCCCUUCAACUGGGCGGACAGGCCCCCUCGAAAACAGGGACCCUGGUUGUACCCAAGAGGUCCUGCAGCUGUCCUGACGAAUCCCCCUCACUCACAGGAAGCAGCUUGAGUCCUCCAGACUUGAUGGAUCAGGGAGCUACAAUGUGGCAUCCCACUCUCAGGAAGUCCUCGUGUUCCUCUUGUUCUCCGGGGAGCUUCUCUGAUGCGGCGACGCCCAAGGGGUGCAACCAUGAGAGGGCUCCUCUGAAGCUGCUGUGCGACAACAUGAAGAAUCAGAUCAUCUCUCGGGCUUUUUAUGGCUGGUUAGCAUACUGCCGUCACCUGUCCACUGUGCGUACACACCUGUCUGCUCUCGUCAAUCACGCCAUUGUGGCGCCCGACGUGCCUCGUGAUGCCUUCAAAGGACUCACCACAGACGUGUGGCAGACGUUCCUCCAGGACUGCACAGCAUACGAGGAGAAGGAGCUGCUUCGUCUGGUCUACUUCGGUGGUGUGGACGCCUCGCUGCGUAAAGAGGUGUGGCCUUUCCUGCUGGGUCAUUACCAGUUUGGAAUGUCAGAAGCUGAGAGAAAGGAGGUGGAUGAACAGGUCCGAGUGUGCUACCAACAGACCAUGCGUGAGUGGCUCGGCUGCGAGGAGAUUGUCCGCCAGCGGGAGAAGGAGCAGCAUGCUGCAGCAUUAGCAAAGUGUUCCUCUGGAGCGAGCAUGGACAGCUCCAGUCAGAAGAUGAUCCACCACAACUCCACUGUCAGCAAUGAGUCCCAGUCCCCCCAGAGCUCAGACAGGCAGAGUCUGGCUCGCCUGCAGAGUGACUCCAGCAGCAGCACACAGUUCUUCACAUCCUCACAUCCCUUCCCCUGGAGUAGCCUGCUUCCCUUUGGCUUGUUCUUUCAGGUGUUUGAGUCCGUAGAGGAGGUUGAUCAAAUCGAGACGGAGCCCAAGAGCGAAGAGGCCAAACCGGUGCCAAAGAUACCCAAUGGAGCUCUGCAGAACGGGACAAGCUCUCCUGACUCCGGACAUCCCUCCUCCCGUAACUUCUCAGUCACCUCCGGCCUGUCAGACGGCUCACUCACAGAGGACAGCACUGCACCUGAUACAAUCCCGAGAUCUGCAGCUGUCCCUCAGGCGCCACAGAGCCCAGUCAAACCUGCAGGGGUAGAGAGUGAAGGUCUGAAAGGGGAGAUGGGCAGCCAGGUAAAAGGUAAAGUUAAGAACAAGGAGGGGGAGGAGGAAGAGGAGGAGGAGAAAGCAUCUGAUGUGACCACAACUGCAGAAAAUACCAAGACUGAGGGGCUGCUGAAGGCCAACAAAGACACAGGUCUGCAACCCAAAACACAAGAAGCAGUUGAAGAGUCUGGAGCAAUUAAAACAGAGGGGCCCAAGUGUGUAGAUAAAGAUGCACUGGCAGACAUUAAAGGAAUGGAACCUUUAGAGUCAGGGGUAAUAGAAAAGCAAGAUGAGGAUACUAUGAUGGUAUUAGCAGCUGCUGCAGAAUCAAAAGGAGAACUUGUUGAGCAAAGUCUUAAAAAAGAAGUAGAAGUGAGUAUUGAGGAAACAUCAACUCUCAAGAAAACAGAACCAAAUGUGGAAAAGACGAAGGAAAUGAAUGAAUCAAAGACAAGUAAACCACAAGAGGUUUUAUUGGCAGAAAGGAGAGAAAACAUAUCCAUUGAUCCUGUGGCUCCCAAAGUUGAAAAGAACCUGGUUUUCUCAGUUAGACACUCGUCUCAGACAGAUGAGGACCAGGUCAUGACUGAAUCUGAUGAGUCUCCCUCAGCCAUAAUGAUGGAGGACAUACCCAAAGCCAAAGUUUCCAUGAUGCCUUGGAGCAGGAAGGGACGUUAUGAAGCAUCGUCUUUCUCUGAGGUCUCAGCUCCCCACAGCGCCCCCCUCAGGCUGGAGGACGAGCAGGGAGAGCCCUGUCCGGAGGGCAUGGAGCCCAUCCUGUGUGAGGAGCCAGAAAUGGAGAGUCUUUACCCUAACUUUGACUCCCUGGUCAGGUCUGAAGACAUAAAGAAUGAAGCAACCUCUCAAGAAUCUGCUGGGAGUACCUUCUCUCAAGAGCUUUUGGACUUGUAUACAUUAAAUCUGCAUCGCAUUGAAAAGGACGUCCAGCGCUGUGACCGGAACUAUUGGUACUUCACUCCUGCCAACCUGGAGAAACUGCGCAACAUCAUGUGCAGCUAUAUCUGGAGGCACCUUGACAUUGGUUACGUACAGGGCAUGUGUGAUCUUCUGGCUCCACUUCUAGUCAUUCUGGAUGAUGAGGCCAUGGCCUUCAGCUGUUUCACUGAGCUCAUGAAGAGAAUGAAUCAAAACUUUCCACACGGAGGAGCUAUGGAUACUCACUUUGCCAACAUGCGCUCUCUAAUCCAGAUCCUGGAUUCUGAGCUGUUUGAGCUAAUGCACCAAAACGGAGACUACACCCACUUCUACUUCUGCUACCGCUGGUUUCUCCUAGACUUCAAGCGAGAGCUGGUGUAUGAUGACGUGUUUGCAGUAUGGGAAACGAUCUGGGCAGCCAAGUAUGUCUCUUCUAGUCACUUUGUCCUCUUCAUUGCCCUGGCACUGGUGGAGAUCUACAGGGAUAUAAUCCUGGAGAACAACAUGGACUUCACUGACAUCAUUAAGUUCUUCAAUGAAAUGGCUGAGCACCACAACAUAAAGAAGAUUUUGACCAUGGCCAGAGAUCUGGUGUGCAAGGUGCAGAUCCUGAUAGAGAACAAGUGAUUGUCCUCUUUGUCUUCUUUUUCCUUCCAAGUAAAGUGUGACCGGCUGUAGCAGCACAAGAGUAAAUUACAUCUGAGAACACGCUCUCUCUCUCUCUCUCUCUCUCUCUCUCACACACACACACACACACACACACACACACACACACACACUUUCACAUUACACAAAGCCUUUACAAUCACAGUUUGCUGCUAUGAGCCUUAUUGACUGUAUCCACAAUGUUGUUUGUGUUGUCAACAGGUGUAUGAGAAUAUUAUGCUUAAUAUUUGUCAGUAUGUUAAAGUAAAAACAAAUGUGUCUGAAAAAGCAUUUCUUUAAUUUCUAGAUAUUUUUGUCAGAAAUCCCUUAAGUGUCAGUCUUAACCAGAGUGCACUUAAUAUUUUUGAGAUAAUGAUGGUUUUAGUUGCACAUUUCAAACCAAACUGUAGAGCUGAAUUCCACCAGAGACUAUAUUUAUGAGAGAGAAAAAUACAUUGUGAUAAUAGUUUAUAAUACUUAUUUUAAUAGUCAAAGUCUACACAAUUAAACUUUAAACAUAUCAGGAAGUUACCCCCCUAUUCCUACCCCUUAAUGAAGGUAAGAAUGUCAGCAGAAUUUACUUUAAUUACAACACCCCAAAAUUAAAUUACUUUUUACUAAUGGAGAACAGUGGCUUGUAGUCCAGAAUGUAACUCCAGUUCUCUUUAACACACAACAUUAAGAAUAAUUUAGCUUUUAGCACCAUGU